CGUCAAUCAGCGCUAUUAUCCCUAUGAUUGGUCGAGGGGAUAAUACAGAAAAUAAUUCAGCUUUACGAUAAACGCGUCGAGAGCGUUCCAGAAAAUAUAGAACAGGGGUUGUUUGCGACUUAUCUGUUAAACUAAAGGAACCGAAGAUGAUUGAGGUGGUCUGCAACGAUCGUCUGGGCAAGAAGGUCCGGGUAAAGUGCAACUCUGAGGACACUAUUGGAGAUCUGAAGAAGCUCAUUGCUGCCCAGACAGGAACACGGCACGACAAGAUUGUGUUGAAGAAAUGGUACACUAUAUUUAAGGAUCAUGUGUCUCUUGGUGACUAUGAAAUUCAUGAUGGGAUGAACCUGGAGCUGUACUACCAGUAGACAUGUGCCCACACACACACACACACACACACACACACACACACACACACACACACAGAUGGAAUCCAUCACGGGAAUGACAACAAGACUGAAAGGUGUUAUGUGUUCAAAGCAUAAAAUACAGAUUAUAUUACAUACAUUUUAGGUUUUAGCUUUUAAUUUUUGGCCACAAUUCAUUAUGUGAAAGAUGUUUGUUGUUUUACAAUUAUUUUUGUUUUGAUAUUUUGGAAAUAAAGCUGAUAUUUACAUACCUACAA